AUGGCCUUGACGAAGAAGCCCUACUUUGGCUUCACAGGGGGAUGGCUCACCUUCUGGGUCUCCCUCGCCUGCGCCACUGAUAUGACGCUGUUCGGAUACGACCAAGGUGUCUUUAGUGGUGUCGUUGUUACACCGGACUUCCUCCAAGUCCAUGAUCUGGCUGGACCUUCAAAGACCAAAAUCCUCUCAACCGUUACCGCCAUCUACGAUGUCGGCUGCUUCUUCGGGGCAAUGCUUGCCUUCACUGCAGGUGAAAGACUAGGACGCAAAAAGACAAUUCUGCUUGGGUGUACAAUCAUGGCUAUCGGGACUAUCCUUAAAGCAUCAUCCUACAGUCUGGCUCAGAUUGUCGGCAAUGGUCUGAGUACGGCCACAGCACCGGUCUGGCAAACGGAAACUGCACAGGCAAAGUGGAGAGGAAAGCUGGUCAUCCUGGAACUAGGGCUCAAUGUUGGAGGCUACUGCCUUGUUAACUGGAUCAACUACGGCUUAUCCUUACACGAGGGUGGCAUUGUAUGGCGACUGCCUAUUGCGCUUCAACUCUGCUUUAUUAUGAUUCUGUUCACUACAAUUCCGUGGUUACCAGAGUCUCCAAGGUGGCUCCUAUCCCACGAUCGCGACGACGAAGCCAUCGAAGUCCUCGCAUGCAUCGAUGCCAUGUCCCCCGAGGACCCCUACAUCAGAACCCAGUACGACGAAAUCAAAUACAGCAUUGCGUACGAACGAGAGAACGCCAUCCCAUGGAGAGACCUCAUCCGCAACAAAUCUGACAGCACAAAGACCCUCCGUCGACUCCUCCUCGGAGCAAGCACACAAGCCAUCCAGCAAUUCCAAGGUCCGCCCUCAGUCAACCCUUGUAUAUACCCCCUGCCUACCUCCUACCCACUAACAUCACAUCCGCGUCCAGGAAUCAACAUAAUGAGCUACUAUCUCCCAACCGUCCUAAUCAGUUCCGUCGGACUCGACAAUUCCAUGGCUCGCCUCUUAACAGCUUGCAACGCAACCUCCUACUUCAUCUUCUCCUGCGUCGCCGUGACCAUGAUAGAACGUUUCGGCCGCCGCGGCCUCAUGCUGCUCUCCGGAUCCGGUCAGUUCCUGUCAUUCCUAGUGAUAACCAUCCUUCUCCGCUUCGCGGAGACAGAUAAAGUCUACGGUACUGCAUCCGUUGCGUUCUUCUUCCUGUACCACGUUGCCUUUGGAAUUGGCAUGCUCGGCGUGCCAUGGUUGUAUCCGACAGAGAUCAACUCGCUGCCCAUGAGGACAAAGGGUGCGGCCGUGGCGACGGCGACGAAUUGGAUGACAAACUUCGCCAUCGUCGAGAUCACCCCUAUCGGAAUCCAGAACAUCGGCUGGCGCUUCUGGAUCGUCUGGACCGUACUGAAUGCAGUCUUCUUACCGAUCAUAUAUUUCCUCUACCCAGAAACAGCGAACCGCACCCUUGAGGAUAUCGACUUGUACUACCGUUCCAACCCACCGCUCAUUGUGACCAAAGAUCCGGACGCAAUUUCGGCAAAACGUCCGCUUAAGUAUGUUCAGCGUGAGGAUGAGGAGGUCCGGAAGAGAGCCAAGGAUGCUCAAGGUUUUGCAACCAAGUCCGAUGGAGCUUCUGUGGAGCACUACAACUGA